AUGCCAGGUACCGGCGAUCGCACACGCAUACGCCUGAUGCAAUCAAAGGAUGUUAAUUCGCUGCAGGCACAACUUCUCUACAGUACAAAGUCCAACACAAUUGCCGAAAUAAACGUUACCAUAAAUCAUGGACAAUUAACUGAAAUUGUCAAACAAAUUUUGGGUACAUGCCAGACAGCCAGUGAGUGUUCACCACGCUUUGCCCACACUGUGCAGGACAACCCGUUUUUUUGGAAUAUCUUUGGGAAAUCGAAGAAAAAAGGUAGCGGUGGUUCAAGCAAAGACAUAGAUGAGGGAUCUCGAGAAAUUGAUGAGAACUCACCGAAAUAUGAAAAACUCAAAUGGACAACGAGUGAUUGGAUUGAGAAAAACAAUUUCUCUUUGGAAGUGCACUACGUAGCCACCGAAGAUGGUUACAAUUUGACAUUGCAUCGCAUGCCACGACCAGGCUCCAAUCCCGUUUUAUUGGUUCAUGGUUUGUUAACCUCCUCCUUGGCCUGGGUGGUGAUGGGACCAACGAAAAGUUUGGCCUUUCAGCUGUUUAACAACGAACACGAUGUUUGGCUGGCCAAUUUGAGAGGGUCUCCUUAUGGACGCAAUCAUACACGUUUCUCCAUCAAGGAUGGCGACUUUUGGAGUUUUAGCUAUCAUGAGUGGGGCCGUUACGAUCUCCCAGCCAUUGUGGACCACAUACGCAAUGAAACUUCAUUUCAUCAAGUGUGGCUAAUUGUUCACUCCCAGGCUUUUAAUGCCCUACUGGUUAUGUGCUCCUUGCUGCCUCAAUACAAUGAAAGAGUGCAGUUUGUUCAGGCCUUGGCACCAAUAGCCUCGUUGAGAAAUCAGGUGAAAUUCACAAAUGAUGAUGUAAGGAAGGUUUUCAAAUUUGUUAAGAAAAAAACUAGCGCCAAUGACUAUGAGCUGUUACCAAAAAAUUUUAUGCGCGAUAAAUGUUUGAAGUCAUCACAGAGAACCGAAUGUGAAAAAUGGUUUACACUUUUGGCAGGAAAUGGUCAAUAUGAGAGGACCAUGAAUACUCUGCUCUAUGGACAACUUCUACAGGGAGGCUCCAUAAAAGAAGCAACCCAUUUACGCCAACUAUGGAAAUCUGGUGAUUUCGUUUGGUAUGACUAUGAACCUCAAGGCAAUCUUUUGCACUAUCGCACUGUUGAGCCCACCAGCUACAACUUGUCACAGGUUCGAGUACCCAUGAUCUUAUACUUCGGAGACACUGAUGCCAUAGCCACACCUGAAGGUGUACACUCUAUCUAUGCCCAUAUGCUGGAGGGUGUUAAGGGUGUCUAUCGCAUUUUGGCAGAUAAAUUUAAUCAUUAUGAUUUUUAUAUUUCAUCGGAUGUUAAGAAGUUGGUCAAUGAUCGAUUAUUGGAACAUAAGGAAAAGACUUUAAAGAAUCAAUUGAAAUAUGUCAUUGAAUAG